UUCUUAUUGUGUGGAGGUUUUUGUUGUUUUGGCUUUAUUGUUUACAACAAAGAUACCGUUGGCCCCAUUUUAUACGUGGUUGCCAAUUGUUCAUGCUGAAGCUAGUACACUAGUAUCUGUGUGCUUGAGUGGUUAUAUUAUGAAAAGGUUGAUUCCUAUAAUAUUAUUUGGUUUUGGUUUUAUACGACGUGUUGGUGUUGAUAAUUUUAAAAACUUUAUGUUUCCAAGUGUGGUUUCUAUGUUAGGCUUGAUUAUUUUUCCUCUGGUCAUCUCAUUGGUGUAG